UAAACAUUUCUCCUGUUCAUCGUCAAUUCGUCGUCAUCGUUACAGAUUCAUCAACAGAAUCCAACAGCAGGGAACCACUUCAAAGGAAAAAGUUUCAAUCGAGAGAGAGAGUGAGAGGAAUUGGAAGAAGAUAGGGCGAAGUUGAAUGCAAUGGAUUUGUGGCACAAAGCGCGAAGCUUCGCGGUAGAGGCUGCGAAGCGUUCACAGGAGCUGACCAAAGAGGCUGCCAAGCUCUCGUCCGAGUUGGCCACCGGCUCCUCCAAUCUCUCCGAGAUCGUUUCCGAGACGGAGAGAUGGUCCAAGACGAUUGCCGCCGAGGCUUCCAAGCGCGCUGACGUGAUCCGAGUUGAAGCCGCCAAGCGAGCUGACCAAAUCAAGUCCCUCGCCGAGGGAAUUACUCCCUUUGAGCUUAAGGUGUGGCCGCAGGAUAAGGAUCUGGAGAGGUUUGGCAUUACUCAAGAGCUGAGGGAAUUCGUCAUGGGGAUCACUGUAAUCACCUUUGAAGAUUUCCCUUUGCCCGAUGAUUCACCAAUCUCUGAUACUCCCAGCCUCUCAAACGUUAGCCAGGAUCUUACAGAAUGGCAAGAAAAACAUGCCAAUCUUGUUCUCUCAACAGUCAAGGAAAUUUCAGAGUUACGAUAUCAGUUGUGUCCACGUGUUAUGCGAGAGAGGAAGUUUUGGAGGAUUUAUUUCAUGAUUGUCAACAAUCAUGUUGCACCAUAUGAAAAGCGAUAUAUGGAGGAAUUGAAGCUUAAAUCUGCAGAUCAGGUAAAGGAUGACAGAGUGAUGGAAUCUCCAAAAGUUGAAACGAUUUCAAAACCGGAAGUCAAGGAACAAACACAGCAGAGUAAAACUUCUAAGCUGUCACCUAGCAAUCAAGACUUGGAUAUAUUUCUUUUGGGUGGAGACAGUGAUGACGAUCCAGGUGAUGAUGAUGAUGGAAACUUCGAUUAUGAUUUGGACAAGAUGGUGGAUAGUUCAGUAAGUAAACAUUUACUCUCUAUUCUCCCUUAUACGUUGUCGCUAUUAUAUAUGCACUUUCUAUAUUAUUUCAUGUUUUUGUGUGUAUAUCAAUUCAAAUCUGACAAAGUAAACUGAGACUCAGUUCACAUCUCAGCCAUAUUGUUUCCAGAAAAGGAGGCUUGUCCUUGUGGCCAUUGGGAAAUCAAUAUUAAUGCAUUUUACUACUUGAAAUGAAAAAUGAAGAGAGCAUUCUGUUUUUGGAUUCCCACAAUAUAAUCAACACGAUCUUGAACUUUCUUUUUUUCAGUGUGGCCUGACUUACUAUUUCGAAAUAGUACAUAGGUAAAGGAACCAGAGUUUCUUUUUUUUUUUUCUUUCUUUCUUUUUUCUUCUAAGGAAAUAAAGGAGCUAAUCAAGCAUAAUGCAGCACAUAUAAGUCCAAGUUCUGAUUCUCCAAGACAAAUUCAACAUACAAAAGAUGCAAUUUCAUAAAUGUUACUUGUCUUGGCAUGCUUAAACUUUCUAUAUAUGCCUUGAUGCGUUGAGUUUCCAUUAAUAGGGAUCGAAGAAUUUGAAUGGAGUUGAAACCCUCUUCUAUUUCAAUAUAACUCUCGGGGAUUAGCCAUUGUCCUAAUUUCUUAUGUUCUUAGGUUGUGUUAGACUUGUUUUGAUGGAAUUGAAUCUGCAAUUAUUUUCUAUUUGUUGUAAACUAACUGGAAUCUGCAGGAUGAUGAGAAAGAGGGAGUAUGAGACAGUGUGUACUGAACUCGAACAGAUUCUAUGGCCAAGAAACUAUAACAGUAAUGAACAAGUAAGCUGUUUCUUCAUCAUCGUUAUCCAUCUUCAUUUGCCAGCCUCCUAACCCUAAUAAUUCUUUCAUUUUCCCUUCUUGUUUUCCCCAUUUUUUUUGUUGUCAUAAUUUUCUGCUUGAAGAUUGGAUUUUUAAAUGUAGUCAUGACUCGGAUCAUUCAGUGCCUCCUCCUAGAUUGUCUAGGACAAGGCACCCAUUUUUCCUUGAAUCUUUUUCUCUAUACAAAUUAGGCAUAUAUGUGUAUAUAGUCUUGACGGAUAUUCGAAGGGAACAACAUGGUGUUUGUAGUUAAUUAACACGUAAAGAUAGAGAGCUUGAUCA